CACACAUGUUUCUCUCCCAGCAGCCUCCUGCCAGAGAAAUUAUAACCUCUCUUUCCAGUUUUCCUUUUGGGUUCCAUGAGAAGCAUCAUCGUCGUCCAAGCAGUUCCCUUCUCCUUCUCCUUUUUCCUUUUCCCCAUAAGCGAGAGAGCUUCUGAGCUUCAAGCCGGGGGGGAUCUCAGCUUCUGACCUUCCAAGUGCGCCAGACAGAGCACAACACGGCUAGUGGAGCAAGGAAGGAAGGUCCCUAGUCUAGUCUCAUCGAUCCAUCUAAUCCAAACCAGAUCAAUCCAUGAUGAAUGUGCUGUCUAGCGGCCACCCCCAAAACCUGCAGCUGCUGCGGGUCAACCACGACGGAAUUUCACCCAGAGGCAGGCCACCCAGAAAAUGCCUAGCUCUACCACCUGUUGUUGAUCAUCAACUCCGCCAGAGAGGCCGAGCUGUGGCCGUCAGAUCCGCCAUCGACGGCGGUGCUGGUGGAACAUCGAGCAGCGGCAAAGACGACGAAGAAGAAGAAGAGAAGCGAAGAAGAAAGGAGCAAGAGGGAAUGACCUCCAACAGGGAUGAGCUGGAGAGACUGGUGGGUGGGGCCGAGGACGACAUGUUCAGUGGCCUCGACCUCGCCAACCUCAUCAGGAAGAAGUAUGGCAGGUCCUACGACGUCACGCUCAUCCGGAAGGAGUUCAUGGGGCGGAACCUGCUGGCCAUGAACGUGAUGUGGAAGUACAGGGAGCAGCGGUCGUUCCCGCUGACGGAGGAGGAGUACCUGCUCCGGCUGGACGACGUGGCCACCUCGCUCCGGUGUUGGGGCGCCGUCGCCCACGUCCGGAACUCGCUCGACAGGUCCAAGGACAGGCCCCGCAUCGGCAAGGCUGUCAGCAUCUUUAUCGACAUGGACGACACCGGCACCGGAGCCCGCUCCAAUGAGUGGAUCUACAAGUAGCCUUCGAACCAUAUUCAAACCAAAACCAUAUUCUUGCCACAAAACAUUCCAUGAUCUACAUGUAGCUGACUAAUCAUUGUGAGAUAUGUAUAGACUGAUUAUAUGCAAACUGAGUGGCAUUUUCUGAUU